AAUUUCUCCGUCUCUUUCUCAGACAACUGCUUCCAAUUUCCGCCAUUAACGCUCUUCUCUUUCCCCACGUGUCUCUUCUUCUUCUCCUCUCUCUCUUUCUCUUUCUCUUUCACUUUCACUUUCACUUUCACUCACUCAUUCAUUCACUUCACUGGGCUUUUCCCCCUUUUUCCCAAUUCCUCCUUUUAGCUUCUUUGUUUUCAUCUAUUCUUUGUCAUCAUACACAUUCCAACUCCAUUUCAAAAACACCCCAUUACCCAUCUUCUUAAAUCUCACCCAAAUCCCAUCUCCACCCUUCACAUGCCUCUUCAUACCCCUCAUUGAGAUUCAUUAAGCUGCAGCCGCCUAUUGGUUAUUUUCGUGAUGUUCAUCAAAUUCUUAUUCAAAAAGGAUGUCCGCAAGAUUCUCAAGCGUAAAGAUAGCGAUGCCGGCCAAAGGGGAAGAUCACUGGAGGAUUUGCGUGGAUCAUUAUUUAGCAAAUUUCGCUCACCUGAAGGUGCCAAGCGUCAGCAGCAACGUUCCUUUGGUCCUGCUGUUGCUCUUACAUUCAAUUUCUUUGUUGCAGUCAGUAUUAUUUUCAUGAAUAAAUUGGUGCUUAAAACUGUCGGCUUUAAAUUCCCUAUAUUUCUCAGUUUUAUUCAUUAUUUCAUUAGCUGGAUAUUGAUGGCUAUUUUCAACUUUUUCUCUAUCCUUCCCGCAUCUCCUCUAUCCAAGACCACCCGUUCAUCUACUCUACUUACACUUGGUUUAGUUAUGUCCCUAUCUACGGGGCUUGCCAACGUGAGCUUGAAGUAUAAUAGUGUGGGCUUUUAUCAGAUGGCAAAGAUUGCUGUAACUCCAUCAAUUGUACUGGCUGAAUUUUUAUUAUAUGGAAAAAAAGUUUCUUUCUCGAAGGUCCUAGCACUUUUGGUGGUAUCUAUAGGUGUUGCUGUAGCUACGGUGACUGAUCUGCAGUUUGAUCUCUUUGGUGCUUGUAUUGCAUUGGCAUGGAUCAUUCCAAGUGCAGUUAAUAAGAUUCUUUGGUCCAGUCUGCAACAGCAGGAGAAUUGGACUGCGUUGGCGUUGAUGUGGAAGACAACUCCUGUUACAUUGUGCGGUUUUAUUGCUUUGAUACCUUUCUUAGACCCGCCUGGUGUUUUAUCUUUCAAUUGGAGCUACGAUAAUACACUGGCUAUUCUUCUGUCGGCCAUUCUGGGUUUCUUGCUUCAGUGGUCUGGCGCCUUAGCACUCGGGGCUACCUCUGCUGUCAGCCAUGUCGUACUCGGACAGUUCAAAACGUGCGUCAUUCUUCUUGGGAACUACUAUCUGUUCAAUGCUGAUCCUGGCAAAACUAGUAUAUGUGGUGCUUUCACAGCUAUAAUGGGCAUGUCUGUUUAUACCUACCUUAACUUGAGACAGCAACAGAUCAAAACAUCUAAACAAGCUUCCACUUUUCCAAAAUCUAAGCUCAGCAAGGAAAAUGGAAGCACUCAUGACGAGAAGUUAGGGGAGGAGUCUGUUUGAGCUAGGAAAUGGGCAAUUUUAUUGGCAUGAAGUCAAGGAUAUCCUGUGGAUACUUCGGAGGCGUUUCAUUGAUUUGUUUUUAGCUAACUCUUUCAUUUUUAUGCUGUUAGAGAUUAGGGAUAUAUGCAUGUUAAUAUGAGUACACUGCUUAAUUUUUGGCUUCUUAGUAAUUUGUCAGUCAGGAUCUGGAAAGCAAUUCUCUGCUUCAUAAUCUUUUAUUCUCUUGCAAUUUUUUUUCCUGACUUGUAGAGUCGUUAAACUAUUAACUAUACAAUGUAGAAAUGAAAUAUAUAUUGAAGAAGCAAUUGCAAUUUGCUUCUUUCUUCAA